AUGGCUCCUAACAUUAGAAGGUACUCGGAAGAAAUCUUCGCCGCCGCAGCUGAAUUCGUCGGUGACAACGAGGACCUGGUCGUGAAGAUCCUUCUUCAUCUGCCGGCGAAAUCCCUCAUCCGAUUCAAGUCAGUCUCAAAAGCAUGGCUCUCUCUCAUCUCCGGUCAUCGCUUCUCUCUCCUCCGGUGGCAAUUUCGGCACCGACAACAUCCCAAGAUCACCGGCCUUUUCUUCACCUAUAGAUCUCGAACUGAAAUCAAAUACAUUCCCCUAACGGACCCCUGUAAUAGUAACGGUGAAGAGUGCGAAUCUCUUGCCCAAUUUCGAGAUUUCAGUGGCGAUGGUGUUAGUAUAGACUUCUGUAGUGGUUUCAGAGGUGGUGGUUACAGUACGGUUACACCAAUUGUAGAUUCCUGUAAUGGUUUACUACUCUGCUUUUCACGUAUUUCAAGGGCUUAUCACGUUUAUAAUCCUACUACCAAGAAAUUCACUACUCUUUCCUGGCCUUUUUCCCCCACUACUUUUGAUCUUGUAUAUUUGGCUUUUGAUCCGUUGAAGUCACUUCACUACAAAGUUGUUUUGCUACAAAGAUCACUGCAAGGAAAGGUCUACUUGUAUCAAAUACAUAUUUUUUCGUCAAAAACCAAUGCGUGGUGGAGACCCUUGGGCGAUCCUUUCACAGCACCAACAGUGGACUUCAACAAUGUUAAUGGAGUCUAUUGCAAUGGUUCCAUUCAUUGGAUUUCCAUUUACCGGGGAAAAACUUCCAUAUAUUUUGAUGUUGAUAGAGAAAAAUGGUGCCCAAUGCCUUCUCCACCUUUUAAUUUCCGGCAUUUUGGAGAGUCUAGAGGUCAUUUGCAUAUUAUUGGGUUCACUAAUAUUAUUGAUAAUAAAUUUAGUGUUGAUGUCUUCGAGAUGUGUAGUGAUUAUUCCAAGUGGUUGUUGAAGUAUCGGGUGGACUUGAAAGCCAUGGUUGAUUUUGUAUCGAAAGAGAUGAGUAUACCCUAUGCAGUGCUUGGUUUAAUUCAUGGAGAAAACGGAAGAGAUGUGUUUUUGUUGCUACUUGUAGGCACCAACAUGAUUUUGUCCUACAACAUCAUAAAUGAUACCUUUAAGAAGCUUGAUGACGUAGCACAUUAUCGCGGGUCUUCUUCGUAUGAGCUUUGUUGGCCGAAUCACUGUCGUAUGCAUCCAUACAUUGAGACACUUUUUCCUAUUUGA